AUAUAUAUUAUAAUGAUUACAAUAUAAUUAUAUAUUAUUAUUAUUAUAGUUAUCGUUAACGUUAUUAUAAUAAUAUACUGGGAAUAAGCGAAUAGAGGCGAUGCGAUCAUCGUUAUUUUUGCGAACAGGCAUGGAAUGUGAAUCCACUGGAUCGUGAGCGCCACUGUCGACACCGUCACCACUCACAACCGCACAACAAACCGAACCCAACCACUAUCCGAACAACGCUCAACAGUCCCCCCCCACUUAGGUAUCACGAAAACGACCUCGAGACGAGGUAUUUUUUUUAUAUUAUAUAGUAGUUAAGUGCCAUUAUCAUUUAGUGUUUAUCGUUUGAUGCUACGUGGUUCUUUGCCGUUCUGUUGAUCUUUUCGACAAUCUCCGGAGGAAUUUCGUUCAUUAAUUAUUCACGUUCUUAGUAAAUCAAAUUUUUGGAAAAUGACGUCGUACAAAGUCACCUACUUCGACAUCACUGCUCUGGCUGAACCCAUCAGAUUUCUUCUGUCCUACUUAAACAUCGAUUUCGAAGAUUUCCGUUUUCAACGCGAACAAUGGCCUGCACUCAAACCGACUAUGCCAUUUGGCAAAGUUCCAACAUUGGAAAUUGAUGGCAAAGUAUUGAAUCAAUCAACUGCUAUUACUCGUUAUUUGGCUAAAAAAGCUGGAUUAGCUGGUAGUGAUGAUUGGGAAUCUUUGUUAAUCGAUAUUGCUGUUGAUAACAUUCAUGAUUUGCGACAAGCAAUUGCAGGAUAUGCAUAUGAUCCUAAUGAAGCAUCUAAAGAAGCAAAAUAUGCACCUUUGAUCAAUGAAACAAUACCAUUUUAUAUGGAUAAAUUUGAUAAAAUUGUUGAAGAAAAUAAUGGAUACUUUGUGAAUGGAAAGUUGACUUGGGCUGACUUAUUUUUUGUAGCUGUCUUAGACUAUUUGAACUUUAUGGCAAAAAUUGACACAUUAGAAGGUCGUCCAAACUUGAAAGCAUUGAAAGAAAAGGUAUUAGAAGUACCUCAAAUUAAGGCAUGGGUUGCUAAACGACCAACAAAUAAUCCUUAAAUAUUAAACAGUCUCAAGCAGCACAUAAUAAUAUUAAGAAAAAGAUUAUAUUUACACAUUUUAUAAUUAUAUAACGUAUUAUUUUUUUUGUAUGAAAAUAAAGCACUUGCAAAGUAUUAUGAAAGUUAAUAAAGUAUAAAUUAUAAAAAUAUAUAA